CAAAACAAGCCCAGACACACUCCGACCGAGAGCUCCGGACCAGGCGAUGCGAGCUUUACUCAACCCACCCCAGGCAGCCUGUGGACCGGGCAGACGCACCAACCUUUGACCGUCACGCACCAACAACCAAGCCGCGAUCCUCGCGCUCCGCAGCGUGUUAUUUCUUUUUUUUUUAUUCUCAUUUAUUUAUUUGAUUUUUCUUGGAGCUGUUCCUCCUUCAUUAUAGGCAUCCAUCAGAGUUACCUGUCAAAAACCUGCGAGCUCAGCCGCUGCACGUCCGCGGACCUGACGAUGACUCUCGAGGAUGAUCUGUCGACGGCCGCGGCGAAAGGGAACCGGGAAGAUGUGGAGGAUCUCCUGCAGGCCGGAGCUCAAGUUAACGGCGUCAACUGUUUUGGACGAACCGCUCUGCAGGUGAUGAUGAUGGGGAGCUGGCCGGUGGCUCAGCUGUUACUGAAGCACGGAGCGGAUCCUAACUUGGCGGACUGCAGCACCGGGACCACGCCACUGCACGACGCGGCCAGGACGGGCUUUCUGGAGACGGUGCAGCUCCUGGUGCAGCACAUGGCUGACCCGCAGGCCAGGGACAAAACAAACUGUCGGCCUGUUGAUUUGGCCAGAGACAACGGGCACACAGAGGUGGUCGCAUUUCUGGAUUCUCUGUAAGAAAAAAAGAAAAGAAAGAAGCUGUUUCCUGCUGCUUGUUAUGAACGGAUGAUGGAGAGAGAGGAGGGGGGGUCCGAGGAGAAGCGGGGCCUGCGUGAGAGGCCCCGCAGCCUAAAAUAUGCACUUAUGACUGUUUAUGCUGUAAAAUGCAUUUUUAUUUAUUGGUCUCUUUUCUUGCUCGGUAGGCAUCAUUUUAUUUUUAACGAAAUCAGGGUUCUCUAUAGACGCAUGUUUUUUUAUUAUGACUAAUAACAUGUUGCUGUGAUCUGGAUCGAGGCUGGGAUUAUAACUUCCGAUGCAUUAUUGAAAUAUUCCGACAAACCACUUAUUAAUUAAUGUACAGCUGUACUAUAGUUUGUGUACAAUAUAUUAUAUUUUUAAAAUAGGAUCAUUGCUGGGGUUUUAUUUUGAAAAUCUUUCCCAUGUGAAAUAUUUAACCAAAUAACAUAAAAAGCCAUUAAAAAAAAAAGAUUUUGCACAUUUUAACAUUGGUGUUCUGAGGCACUAUUAUCUUUAUUGUCGUGCAGAGACUUCCAGUCCCAUUUCUUGUUCGUACAAAUCAGAUGAUGUAAUUUAUUCUAAUGUAAGAUUUAAUUUAAGAGAAGUAAAGGAGAUAUUCAUGUGCUUCACACAAUGCCUUCAUGGAUGGAUGAUGGGUACCAGAGAAUAAUAAUAAUAAUAAAGAAUGAAGCGUUGAUCAUUUGGCUUUUAAUCAUGUUUUACAUGGUUCCAAGAACCAAAAAGAGCAAAAGAACACCCCAUGGUGGACAUGUGAACAAUUUCUAUGAACACUGACAUCGAUCAAACAUAUUUCCCUCACACUGGAUGGUAAACAGAUCACGACCUGGCCUCGGGUGACUUCACAGUUAAAAACGUCAUCAUUCAUUUAUUUAUUUUCUGUGAAACAUUUGGAGGUGAUGGAACUAAAACAUGCUUACACGGUUCAAAUAUUAUAGGCUAUAUUUAACAGAGGGUUUUGUAGAAGUUGAAAAAUUGAUGCCUGUAUAAAAGGACACUGGGUUAUAGUUGUACACUGAAUGGUUUACUAGUAGGUGCUGAUAUCAUAUAACUAAUUUCUGCCUGGAAACAGGAGAAAAAAAACAAUCAUACAAAUAUAGUAACACUUCAUAAAGUAAGUUAUGCAUCCACGUUUUGGGGAGUUAAACAUCAGCCUGUUUUUUAGUUUUAAGCCGAGAGGUUUUUACGGCUUUAUGAAACCAACACACAGAAAGUCCCCAAAACCACAAAGGGUUUGAACUCCGCCAUUGUUUUGUCUCUUACGGACGUUUUGGUCUCAACAAUAACAAUUUUUUUUUUAACCUGUUCAAUGAAAUCAUUCACAAAACCUGCUCUGAAAACAGAAACUCUAAUGUGAACACUCAGUUCAUAGAGAUAUGAACACACUUUUGUUUACACUCAAACCUUGCCCUGUAAUUCGUGACUGCAGACCGAAGUGUGUCACCCUGUGCAAGCGUGUGACAAAUCAAACCUCUGAAUCUGCAUCGCAGUUGCAGAUAAGUUACAGAUUAAUCAGUAAGUCAAGUUGCUUCAAGAGUUUGUUUAAUUAACAACUUUAAAAAAAGGAUGAGCUCGCAUUUCCGUGUUUAAAUCGGGUGGAUUUGUGCUGCAAAGUGGGUUCAUACUGUUGAGCAAGGCGACACAAAGAGGAAAUGCAAAUAUUUUUAGAUACUGCGCAGUGUGAUGUGGAAGUGCAGCAAGCAUGAUUGGUAACAGAAGGCCCAGCAACUGCUACGAAAACAUAACUUUCAUUCAAUGAUCAAUAUUAAACAGUAUAUCAAACGUUUCAGGUGUGCAGGUUUCUUAAAAGGAGUCCAAAUACUGUCAGUUAGGUGAGUGUAUAUAUACACACACAUUUGAAAACUAAAUACUGCGGGUGUUUGUAAUAUAUGAAAUCAUAAUGAAGAGUAAAUAAAAAAAUAAAAUUCCAUAAAACGUAAAAAAAAAAAAAAA